CCCACCCACUUUUCCUUUUUAUAAUAAUAUAUUCAUGGUAAACGCUUAUCUUCUUCCCCCCAUCAUCACACUUCCCAGUUUCCCAAAUGAAUCAAAUCCGAUCCAUUCACCUUGCAUCACCUCUCCUCCCGGCAUUAAACUUGGUACUCUUCAGUUUCAUUUUCCUGCCCACAACAGCUUUUGCAGUGGACGAAAGUUUUACCAUCUGCAGAGUGCCCAGAUAUUGUGGUAAGCUAAACAUAAAGUUCCCUUUCUUCAUCCAGGGGCGGGAUGACCCGAGAUGUGGUUAUCCAGGAUUUGAAAUCCAUUGCAGAAACAACACAAAGGCAAUUCUCAGCUUGGGUGAUGGCAACUAUAGCAUCGAUAACAUCUUUUAUACCAACCAAUCUGUCCUCGUUUCCAGAGCUGUUCGUUUUGAGACAGAUUCCAUUUGUAACCAUAAAAUCCGAAACGUAUCCUUGCCUACUGACCACUACCAGCUUCCCCCCGAGAUUACAAAAAUAGUUUUUCUCUUUAAUUGCAACUUAACCUCCUUCCCGAAACUUUCACCGCACAAGAUUGGUUGCCCUGCUGAGAAUGAAACUAAUUCAACGUUGGCACUGUUCAAUAGCGAUCCGCAGCUGAAGUUUGCUUCAGAAAAUUGCAAGGAAAGGGUAGUGACACCUGUGGGUUUUGACCAAGGAGAAGAAUUACCUGUUGAAGGUCCACUGAAUAUAAGUCUACUGAAUAGAGGGUUUGUGUUGAACUUGACAGUGAGCAACUGCACCAUUUGCGAAAAUAGUGGUGGCAAGUGUGGAUUCGAUUAUAGUACCCGCCAUUUCAAGUGCUUUUGCCCCGAUAGGCCUCACGCUUGGCACUGUACUCAUGGAGCAAACACAUUGGGACUGAAGCUGGGACUAGGAAUUGGAGGCUCAGUCACAGUAAUGAUACUGAUAUUGUGCAUCUUUGUGGUCCGGCGUCGACCUUCCUCUUCAAACUUUCUCAGAGGAAAAUCUCCAUCCCAUCUCUCUUCAACAUCUGACCUCGAAAACAACGCUACUGUCUGCUUUGGACUUCCCAUCUUCUCCCAUACUGAACUUGUGGAAGCCACCAAUAAUUUUGACGAUGACAAAGUCCUUGGUGAUGGUGGCUUUGGGACUGUCUAUUUUGGGAAACUCCGAGAUGGGCGAGAAGUUGCAAUCAAGCGACUCUACCAACACAACUACAGACGCCUCGAACAGUUCAUGAACGAAGUCGAAAUCUUGACCCGCUUGCGCCACAAAAAUCUGGUCUCUCUCUAUGGUUGCACUUCGCGCCGUAGCCGCGAACUUAUCCUUGUUUAUGAGUUUGUUCCUAAUGGCACCGUUGCCGAUCAUCUCCAUGGUGAUCAUGCACAGUCCGGUUUGCCUGCAUGGCCUGUUCGAAUGAGCAUCGCGAUAGAAACCGCGACUGCAUUAGCUUAUCUCCAUGCCUCUGAUAUCAUACACCGUGAUGUCAAGACUAACAACAUUCUCCUAGAUGAAAAUUUUUCUGUCAAAGUAGCAGAUUUCGGGCUUUCUCGUUUGUUCCCCAAUGAUGUCACCCAUAUCUCCACUGCUCCACAAGGGACCCCUGGCUACGUUGACCCGGAAUAUCACCAAUGUUACCAGCUUACUGAAAAGAGCGAUGUUUAUAGCUUUGGAGUCGUUCUCAUUGAACUCAUAUCGUCAAUGCCUGCUGUUGAUAUCAACAGGCAUAGGCAUGAGAUCAAUUUGGCAAACUUAGCAAUUAGCAAGAUUCAAAAGUGUGCAUUUGAUGAGUUGGUUGACCCUAAUCUUGGGUACAAAUCAUGUGAACAAGUUGCAAGGAUGACGACUUUGGUUGCAGAGCUGGCUUUUCGAUGUUUGCAGCAAGAGAAAGAACUGCGGCCUUCGAUGGAAGAGGUUUUGGAGGAACUACAGAGAAUAAAAAGUGAAGCUUACGAGUCGGAGAAUGUGCAACAGGAGGAACACUCUGAUAGUGAGGUGCCGAUGAGUGUAGGGCAGCCUCCUUCGCCGCCAAUCGGUGAUCAGAUUGUAUUAUUGAAGAAUAUCCAUCUGCCACCUUCUCCAGUUUCUGUGGCAGAUAAAUGGAUUAGCCAGAGAACUACACCUAAUUCCAGUGAAUGAAUGUUUUUCUUUACUAUGCUGACUAUAUUCAAUUGUCAUUGCCAUAUUAUAGAGGAAAUGUAAAUAGUAAAGGGAGUAGUCAGUAUAUAUUUUUGAACAAUGUUCAUAUUCUGCAGAUCCUAUUUCAGGCUUCCCUGCUUUCUGCA